GUUGCAGUUUGGACAAAUGGGAUCGACUCGUUUGCGUCAGAGUUCACUGGAAGAACGUUACCGCAAAUGUUUGCGCAUUUCGCUGACGUUCCUCUUCUCUCAGGUGGGUCUGAUGGCGUUGGUCGUGGCCUAUUCCGCCGCCGGCGCCGUUCUUUUUGAAUGGCUCGAAGCCGAUCAAGAAAUCGAACCUCGACGUAAAAUCCUCCAAAUUCGACUUGAUUGCCUCGAACGCUUGAGCCAACUCAAUUAUUAUUCAACCGGCACUUCCACUGCGAACAGCACGGAAUUAUGGGCCAUCAAAGCCGGCGCCCUUCUCAAAGCAUUCGAAACCGAGGUGGUCAAGGCGACGAAACUGGAAGGCUACGACGGCAAAGAAGUCGACGACGCCGAGCGACAGUGGUCCGUCAGCGGCGCUCUCCUCUACUCCAUCACCGUCAUCACCACCAUCGGUUAUGGCAAUCUGGCUCCGAAGACUGGUCCUGGCAAAGUGGUUACCAUCAUCUAUGCCCUUAUAGGAAUCCCCUUGAUGCUGUUGUGCCUCUCUAAUUUGGGCACGUUCAUGGCCAGCAGCUUCCAAUUUGCAUUCGGCAAACUUUACUGCUGUUUGUGGUGUUCCAGUCGACACUGUUGCUGCAACCAGAGGAGACAACAACGAAGACGAGAACAUCAUCAAGAACAAUUGAAAACAUUGACGCAACCAGGUGUCGUCUUGUCCACUUUAACGCCGGUUUAUAGAGCAACAGCUGUGCCCCCAACAACAGCCACGCAAGUCGAAAAGAAGGAAAGAAAAAUGGAUGAUGGUCUGUCCGCCCAAGAUUUAGCCGAAUUGGCUGAACGGGAUUACGACAUUGUCAUCGAAGAGGAUCGAACAGCUGACGGAGUAGUUAGGACAAUGUCUGCUGGGCUGAAUUAUAGCGCGUCGGACAAGUUGAACGACAAGGCUCGUUUCUUAUUGGCCGAUUGUUCGCGUUACGAUUGCCGGGCAAGCAACAACAACAACGUUGCCGGCACGCCUGUCCAUAUUAGCGACUGGCCAACCAGCGAUGCUCAAAGUGGUGGCCAGGCGGACGAAGGCCAUCUCGAUCGAAUGAUGGGUGAUUCACCACCACCUGCUGUUUGCAGUGACACCAAACUGCUGGGCAACGUUCCAGCAGAUGAAACGAGUAAAUUGAAUCCAACAGUCGUUAAUAAAUCGGGAGGGGGCCAGCAACGGGUGCCCGUCUCUGUCGUGUUGGCCUUUCUGGUGGGUUACAUCUGCAUCGGAGCCGCCGUCUUUUCGGCCUGGGAAGAAUGGUCUUACCUGGACGGCGCCUAUUUCAGUUUCAUCACCUUGUCGACCAUCGGAUUCGGCGAUCUGGUGCCCGGCUCCAAAGUCCUGGAACAAGGGCAGACGAAAUUGGUGGCCUGCAUCGUCUACCUGGUCGUCGGCCUGGCCAUGAUCGCCAUGUCAUUUAAUCUCGUCCAGGAGGAAGUCGUUUACAAUUUUCAAAAAUUAGGUCAAAAUAUGGGCAUUCUCGAUGAGAAAUGAACAAUUUUCUUUAAUGUAAUUUCAUACCAUUAUCAAUCAUUUCAGCGCAAAUGUGUGUCAUCCUGUUUGGGGCUCUCCAAUACACUUCCAGUUUCCAUUGAGGUACUGGACAGUAGAUCAUUGGCAAAGGCCAACGUUUUCUCUGCCGUCGGUGGGGGGAGGAGGAGAGAGUUCCUGUAUCG